UUUAUAGAUGAUGCCAAUUCAUUAAGGCGAAAGAUAAAAAAGAUUAAUAACAACUCCAUACUUACCAAACAAGUAGCCGAAACUGAGAAGUCUACUGGGAAUCAACUUAUUGGCUUCAAUAUCAUCAAAGCUGAACCAGUCGAGCGGAUACCAUUAUUCGGAAGUUCAGGUGCAAAUACAAGCAAUCUCAAUCUGCAACCUAUAGGUUCGUUCUCACAACCACACGUCAGUAUGCAAACUUUAAGGCCUCAAAUGUCACCAGGGCGAACACCAUCCCCUAUGGAUUACAAUCCAUCUCUGGUGCAGCAACCGUAUCAACCAAAUAACGUUACACCAAUAAUGCAACAACCAAAUAUGUUGGAUGUUCAAUUUUAUAAUGAACCACAAUUAUCAGAUCAAUCGCAAUUGAAUCAGCAGGAACUGAACUUGUUAUUAAACAAAGUAACAUCAGAAAAUCAAGAUGGAUUACAGCCGUUAAAUAACAUCGACACUGCAGGAGUCUCAUGUCUGCUAGACAUGGACAGUCAGCAAUACAAUCUUAAUUGGAAUUCCUCUGAUUUUGCGGAUUUUGGAAACCUUACCGCAAAUUUAUCGACUGGAUUAUCCAUCUCCGAUUCUAUACAAUCUAUGAACAACGUUGAAGAAAGAAACACGAACGAGCGUAUUUCAUGGAUAAAUGUGAACCAAGAACUUUCAGUUUUGGAUAAUAAAAUACUUACAACUAAUCGAGAAAAUGAUGGCUGAGGAUAUAACUUUUUAUCAAAAGAUAUGAUUUCGUACUAAAGUACAUAAAAGCACUACUACACUACUACUAUUACUACGAGAGAGAGAGAGAGAGAGAGCUAGAGGCAUUCCAGCAUACCUUUCAACCUAAUGUUAUUUUGGCUUGAUGCUAGAUUGGUCAAAGAAAUUAUGAUUAAGAAACUCACAUUUCAACUACGGUUUUAUGCACACUAGUGCUCUUCUUCACUGCCUUCGAAAAAAUCGAUUGAAUUAUUUUUCUUAUAAGAAAUAAGCUGAAGACAUCAUGUCCAAUACAAGGGCAUAUAUAAGACAUAAAUUUAUUUCGAUAUGCAAUCUGUAUCUUGUUUAGAUUUACAUUUAAUUUAUAGUUUAUACAUUGUUUAAGAAAAUGUAUAAAUUUUUAUGACAAAAUGAACAAAAGGAAAUGCUCUGCUCUAUAGAAACUUAAAUAUUUGAUACACAAUUGUUAUAUACUCAUCGGCGAGAAUUAGUUGGAACAAUAUAAAAUUUUGAUAUUCAGUUGCUUGUGAUAUAUAAUUUAUCUUUAUGUAAUUAUACAUAAUCGGCACUGUCUGUCCAAGAUAAAUUGUUUAGUCCGUGAUCUGAAAGCGAUAUUGACGCAAAGUAUUCGUUUUGCCGUUAUAAAUUGAGAGUUAUUAAAGCAGUGCUGAUGUACGAAAUAUUGAUUGUGUGGUGCGAAGUAAAUGCUCUGUCUGUGAUCAAAGUUCAUAACUUGUUUUUCAUACGUAUAUAAAUUAUACAAUAUUCUUUGCGACAAAUAGAAUUACGCACAAUAAGAAGAAAUUGUGCCGAAGUGAACAAAUUUGCAGGCAAUAUUGUAAAUUAUUAGAUUAGAUAUGAAUAUUUGCAUGCGUUUUCUAUGUUUAUUGUUACAACAGCUUUAUCUUUUUUUUUUACACAGUUACAUACGUUUCUACAAAAUCGCACUUUGUACAUUUACACACUUGACAUAUGAUUAUAUAUUAAGAAUUAAUGUAAAGAAAGGGUGUAGUAAAAAGACGUUGAAAAGUCAUCGUACUCAAAAAUUUUCGAUGAAUGUUCCGUCCAGGGUCCAGGUACUUUCAUUUUAUACACGUUUAUAAAAGCUUUAUUUAAGAAAAGUAUAAUAGUAAGAGAAAAAGUGCAAUUCUCUAAUCUAUCGAACAAUUUUAUUAGAUUAAGUAACAUAGCAAUGACAGUGUUUUGAUAUAAAAUAUAUUUUUACAAUCACAUACACCUCAGGUAAUUUAUUACUGUAACGUGCAGGAAAUGUUAUAAGGAAUUAU